AGGCUGGAGGUAGACUGACACGCAUGUUUCAUUAUAGUAAAAUUAAAAUCAAGUAGGUUACAGCAAUCACGUUCGAAAUUAGUGCACAGCCAGCCACAUUUAAGUAGGCUACUAUGACUACAUAUGGACAUUUUUUGAUGAAUUAACUCAGGCUGUGACGCACAGUGCUUUUGAUGCUGGAUACAGCAACAGGUAGUUUUUUUUUAAGUGUAGUUUCCUCUUUAGUUUGCCUUUAACGGAAACAUCAUGGAUAUCAACGGCGUAGAGCCGCUUGCUAUGUCUGACACAGGUCCUGUCCAUAAUUCUAAUCAAGGAUUUACAAGUGUGGAGUGUAACAGUUGGAACAGUUUUGGUGAGCCGCCACAUGAAAAUGGCAAUGGACUUGACGAUGAUGCUGAUUUCUCGGAUUUUGUGGAGCAACAGAUCCGCAUGAAAGACAGGCGGAGGGCGAAGUCACUGCCCGCUUACCCGGAGCAGGCAACCCUUUUCGAAGAAAUCUCACAGGGAUGCAGAAAGAGAGUAAUGUUUGCAGAUGCACUGGGACUUAACUUGGAAAGUGUGAAGCACUUCAGCAGCACAGAAGAUCCACACGUCCCUUCUAAAGUAUUCUCAAGACUCAAUAGCUUCCCUCGUCAACACGACCGUGAAUAUAUUGGUGAGCUAUGUGACACAUUCAGUUCUACACUUGCACUGGAUCGCUUGGUACCCACGUUCAAGAUGCCAGUGGAGAAAAUUGAUUUUGAAACUAGAGUUGAACGGUGCCACGUAACUCUUGAAAAAAUAACUAUUACUCGAUAUGACGUGCGAGGGACGAUACAAGCGUUAACUUCGGGCUCUUUGAAGAGGGAGAUUGGGGUGAGAUAUACAUUCAAUGACUGGCUUUCAUUCAUGGAUGCGCAAGCGAUACCAAUGUCAGACAAGAAUACUGCUGCAGUUGGAGAGAAGUUCAUGUUCACGAUGUAUACACCGCCAUUCAUGGACCCCAGCUCCUCGGUUCACUUCGCAGUAUAUUCCAAGACUGACCAAGGCGAGUUUUGGGAUAACAAUGAUGGAGAUAAUUACACCUUAAAGUAUCACUGCAUUUCUGCUCAUGAGACAACAGCAUUUCAUGCCACUUGAAUGCAGCGCAUUACCUUACGUGUCGUUCACUGCUUUACACACUUAAUAGCCGACAUAUAUAAUAAUAGAUCUUGGUUUUGUUAUUUCAUGACGGCAAAUGAGAGACCUGGCUGUCAAUUAAGUGCCAUAUUUGCUGAGCAUUGGAUAGGCUAUUUAAUCUGUUAGGAAAUGAGUUAAAUGGGACAGAAAUAGCCUACAUUUAUAAAUCGUUCACAUAUGCUGCUACUAGUUCUGUCAUAGCUGUUUAGACUAUGCGGAAACAAUAUCUGAUAAACAGUAGAAUUAAAUCAGUGAUGACACACUGAUGCUCCCACUAUCUACUGCGAUGUAAAAAAAAAACGGUACAUGGAGUAAUAUUGUACAUGUGUACCCUUCUUUUUCCGUAAAUUAUUGAAAUCACCAAACCAGGAACCAAUAAUAAAAAAAUCACAAUUGUUUGAUUUCAUUUUUAAUAAAAUGUCAAAUGGUACUACUGACCUAAGCUCAACAUUUAAGCUUACAAUGGACAAAUAUAACAUAUUUGCAACGUGUUUAGAGUAACCAGUUUGACAAUAUUGACCGUUGAUAUAGCAAUACGGAAAUUCUCAUUCAUGUUGUGCCGACAAUAUUCUCCAUCUUAUUUUCAUAUCCAUUGUUCGGACUUUAUUGCGUUCUAGUAGACAACUUUUAGAAAUACUACGCGAUGUUAAAAAAUACAAAAAGAAAUGAAUAAAAUCAUGCCAAAAGUUGUAUUACACAAUAUAAUGCAUUUUGAAAGUGGAUUGUAUGUAGUGUUGAAUGUAUUAAAAUAAUGCUCUGAAUACUGGUUUGAAAAGAAGAAAGAGUCACCGGAGGACAUUGUAAUGGAGAUGUGCUUGUCUCCUGUGCUUUGCUUUUCUGUCAGAGUAACAAAGUCCAAGAGAAGAUCACGCAUUAUCAUGUUUACCAUCGAAUCAGCAAACAGAAACCUGGUCAGGAAUAGGUUCAAUAGGUGAACAGUGUUUUGGGGAUAUCAGUCCUGUAUUUAUUUUGGAAUGAGGGGCAGUUUUCCCCCUGAGAUUAACCUGCAAACAUGAAUACAGAUUCAAAUCAUAUGACGAUGGUUCUAUUCAACUCUCAACCAAUUGUUUACUGACAACCUUGCAAAAUCUAGCACAAUAUGCUCCAUGCACAAUACAAUUUUGUUUCAUCGUUUUUUUUCUUACACGACUCAUUAUCAGGAUGAAUCAAAUAAAUGGGAUUGAAAAGGUUGAACACAAUGAUUAACCCAAAGCAGCACUUAGGCGAAACCACAAGAGAUUCAGAUAUUGGAUCAAAUAUAAUAUGAAAACUUAAA